UCAGUACGCCAAAUAACGUAAUGAACGAAAUAAUCGUAAUGGUUAAAAAUACUGUGCUCAUGAUGCAAAGUUUGUGGUUAAACAAUGUUAAGAUAUAUAACAUUUAAUGAAACAGUUUUAUGCACUAGAAUGAUUUGUGAAAUUACUGUACUAACUAUCAGGGGGUUUAUUUUCGUUAUGUUAAAAUUAAAUAUUAAAAAAUGUCUCUAAAUCGAUAGAGUGUGCUCCCUUGUUUGCAAAGUUGCCACCUAAUUUGUUAAAAACAUCACUUAAAAAAAAAAAAAAUUAGACGAUUAAACCACUUGAAAUGUCGGAUGAUGAAGCUGAUUAUAUGUCGGAUGCUUUCUUAAAACAAAUUCCUGACACCAGGCCCAGUCUUGUUCCAAAACAUGUUGCUAGAAGACUCCAGAAUGAGAGGAGAGAAAAGAUUGCAAAUGAAAAGAAUAAACAAAAACCGAAAACUGUUCUUGAAAAAGAGAAGAGAGAUGAAGGCCUUCAGUCGGCUAUUUCCGAAAAUAACAAAGGGUUUGCCCUUCUUCAAAAAAUGGGAUAUAAACCAGGAAUGGCUCUUGGAAAGUUUGGUGAAGGUCGAAAAGAACCGGUCCAAGUUGAGUUAAAGACAGGACGUGGAGGACUUGGGCGCGAACAGGAUCAGAAAAGAAAACAGGAACAGCGCAUGGUGUGGCGCAAACACCAGAGUGCUAAAAAGCAAAGAAUGGACUCUGAGCGGAAACAGACAUUUGUUAAAAGAAUGAAUGAAAAAAUAGCCACUAGAAAUGUUGGAAAAGAUCUCUAUAACAGUCAGAAAGUUUGUGAGCAGUUAGAUUCUCAACUGGGCAUAACAAGCCCUAAUGAGGCAUUUUUUUGGCCGGAAGCUCUCCUUCCGAAGACAAAUGACACGGAUGAAUGUCCAGAUACCCUCGAAAGUCUAGAGGCCGGGUACAGCGGCUACGUGCAGGACGAGGUGGAAGAGGAAGAAUUGGGUCAUGAGGCUGAGGGUAGUGAAGGGGACGAGGAUGACCCUUACGCUAAUUUUACGGUGGAAGAAAAACUAGAUGUUUUAACACUUUACCUCCGAACCAAACACAAGUACUGCAUUUGGUGUGGAAUUAAAUAUAAUGAUAAUGAAGAUUUGAUGCAGAACUGUCCAGGAAAUUCAGCAGAACUGCAUGAAGACUUGUGACAGAACUAACUCCGUGAAAUAGAAACAUUCAGGACUUGCGUUAUAGGAAAUUUGGAAGUUUAGUGCUCCACAAAAAUGAUCUAAAACAUACGUUAUUUUGGAUGAAACUUUCAAUGUUGGACAUUUGGAAGUUUUAAACAUUAAUACCUGAUGGAGAUGAUCUCAUUUUGAAUUAAAGUAAAUAUGUUUAAAUACUUCUUUUCAUUGAUGUUAAGCCUUAAACAAGCUUAAUCAUCCUUCCAUGUAUUUGAGAAAAAAACACUUCAAAUAUGAACGGUAAAGAAGUUCAAACUUCCAGUUUCAAAUUAUUUAUGGAAACCUGUUAAUGCUGUACAUGUAUGGUCAAAAAUAAAGAAAUGGAUUCUCUGUACACAUAAUCUUUUGAGGGUUUAUUUAUAAAGAAAUAUAUAAUGAUGUUGUCUUGAACAUAUCAACAAUUUAUGUUCUUCAUUCUAUAUAACAUAGACAAUUGCUUUUUGUAAAGCCUUCCUUCAAUAUGCUUGAUAAUGCUCGUAUUUGCAGAUGAGUGUUAUUUGGUGCAUCUUUAGGUCUGUUUUAAAUUAUACAACAUGUAAAAAUGGUAAACUUU